GUGUGUGUUUUCCAUUGUGAUUACGUUAUAUCUGUUCUAGUUAUGUUGCUGUUUGUGUUGUGCUGGAUAGUGUUGUAUUAGAUUUGAAGGUUAUCCGUCUUGUGACAAAGAGUCUUGAGCAACAAGCUAAAGGUGUUGUGGUUGACAUCGCUAAUGUAUUACAACUAGAUUAUAAUUGAUAAGAAGGAAAUAGUUGAGGAAUUUAUAGUUUUAUUUGCUAAAGAUUUUGAAACCAUGUUUAAGAUAAAAUCAACCAAGAAAGGUUUUGGGUUGAUUAUUGUGUUUGGUCAGAAAUUGCACAACACACAAGCUAGCAAAAGAAGCCUGUAUUGUCUUCUUGGCUGAUUUUAUUAAAAUGUUACAUUGUUUAGGAAAGACAUCUAGAAUAUUUUGGAGUUUAAAUUGGACAAACAAAUUGUUUUAGUUGAUUUACCAUAAGAUUAAGAGAGACUUGAAUGACUUUAGAUUGCUUAAAAAAAAGAAAUUACCAUGAGUAAUUAUUCUUGCCUCAUUUACUAGUUGAUUUGUCUUCAAAUUACAUUCAAGCUCAGUCAAUUAGCUUGUGGAAAGAUAGUUUUUCUUUGAUACUGUUUUAGCUGAGACAUUGAUGGUGGAUGGAGAGAAAUUUUUCAUGGGUAGUAACAUGAGACAGGAGUGGCACGUGUUUACUUAUUUAUUGGUCACACUGAAUGUGGGGACUUUGUUUCGACUUUCUGUCAGAUUGUUUGAAUGCCCUGAGCCAUGCUCUUCAACUCUCCAUACCUCUGAACCCACCUUCUGCAGCAGCCCGUUUGACAUCGCUGGCCUUUUCGCUCUGCUGAGUCUGCACCAUUCAAUGAGCUGGACCACCGUCCUCCAUGUCUGAGACGAAGAGGAGAGCCCCGGUGCCCCCCACCUACGCCACGCCCGCUGAAGCCCGCUCCCAGAUGGAGAGGUCCCCCAGGAACUGGUCUGCCUCAGAGGGGCCGGUCCGGGCCAUCGAGAACCCGGCAUACAUCGAGUCUGACGCAUCAGCGCUGGGCAGAAGACCGGCGCUUCCCCUCCCGGACUAUGAGACGCUGUUCCCCAAGAAGAGGCACGGGGUGCAGGGGCAGACGCGAUGGGAUCACCUCAUCGCUGAGGUCAAUCAGAAGACCAGGGACCAGCCCGAGGGCUUCCUCGGUGAGGAGAUGAGCGUGGACGGUCCAGAGGAGAAGAGACCGGAUCGGCAGCACAGACCGCCGUCUCGGACCAGGCAGAGCGACGGCGAAGGGCAGAGGCCGGCCGACCGCGUUCCUCAACCUCGGGUUCAUGAGGCUAAACCCGUUUCAUCCAAGAAGAUGCCUCCGCCGCCUAAACCCGACACAGCUCCACUCCAAAGACCCACCGUAGACUACAGUCCAAAACAACGGCAGAGCCCUGUAAACGCCCACACGGCUGGGCAGAGGCCAAACGCGUCAGCAUUGCCAGGGUUUGUUGGCACUCAAACACCGAGCAGAGAAGUCCCCUUAGGAAGGGGGAGGGAGGGUGUUGGGAGAGAAGUGUCAGCAGUUGCUAUUGAAGGGCGAACUCUUCAGCCCGCGGUGGUGCCCAAUAUACCCAGCCAAACGGCUCGGGAUGUAAAGACAGAGCUGGCCGUCAAAGAGGUGCCCACAGCCAGACCCAGGCAAAAGGUUGUCAGCAUGGAAGGAGAAAAGCAAGCAGAUGUGCGAGCAACAGAUUCUCUGAAAAGCAACAAUCCAUCAUCCAACCAAAUGGACCAGAAGCUGAAGGAAGGCGAGGCAUUCCUCAGAAGAGAGCUCGUAUCCAAAGAUUUGUGGGCGAAUUCUGAGCAAAACGCCAAUGCAGAUCAUCUUUUUACAGGCAAGGUACAAGAAGAGGCAAAACUGGAAGAUAAGGGAAUGACUGCAGACGAUUUUGAUCAACUUUUUGCUGCAGAAAAUCAAAGUGAUCCCUUUGACAGAUUUUAUGAAGGUGACUCUGAAAAAACUCAUCAGCAGUUUGAAAGAAAAUUCAUGGACUUGAAUCAACCAAAUCCUUCUUUAAAAAAACGGCUUUCCCAGAGAGGUAAAGCGACGCUUGCAACCCACCCUCCGUCCAGCAGCGUAAAUGUCAAACAGGAGCCUACGUUUCAUGGGGACGCCACCACACCCAUUGCUGUGGAAAGGCUUGCAUCCAGAGAGACCGGGAUGACCGCUCCGCUCGCCUCAAACGGAGCAGAAUGGACUGAGAAUCCUCUUGCGGAAGACCCAUUUGGGACGGACCCGUUUGCGGGAGAUUCCUUCAGAUCUUCCGAUCCCCACAGGCUGUCUUUGGAUGAGUCCGGGUCCGAGGCAGAAGGGCCGUUUGGGGGGAGGAAUCUCUUGCGAGCCUGGGUCUCGCCCACCGAGGGUCAGUCUGCUGGUGCACCGAGUGUCAUUGUUAGCGGGCCAGCUUCAUCUUUUCGCAGGCCUCAUCCUGUGAAGCCCAUGAGCUCAGCUGAAAACCAGUUCCCCUCUGGCUCCCCAGCUGUGAAGGACAUCAGGAUCCUUGACACCAAAGCCGCCCACAUCAAGGCGGAGGUCCUGGCGGAGGGCGCCGGAGCCUACACCCAGCUCACCCAGGAGGAGCUCAUCACGCUGGUGGUGAAGCAGCAGCUUGAGCUGACCAAGAGGAAGAACAAGAUCGCGGAGCUGGAGGAGUACAUCGACAACCUGCUGGUCCGCGUGAUCGACGAGAAGCCAAGCAUCCUGCUGGGGAUCAGCUCCAGCAAGCCAGCGUAGGAGAGGGGGAGAGCCGACCCGUACUGAAAGCCUCCUUCUCUUUGUGCUGCGCUGUGCGGCAGUCGGUGUUCCCUGUUGGCAACACAAUCUAUGACGAUGAUGGACCUUCAUUCGCCUAGAGCAAAUGCACUUUCUUUAGUCUCUGGGUUCAGAUAACGAUGUAAUAUCGGUCUGACACGGCUGGACGGUUUUUAAGCAAAUGGAUAAUCACAAGUCAUUAGUCCGCAGGGAUCAACGAUAUAUUCUAGUUUAGAGGGCGUUCGACCCUAUGCUACAGAGACCUUUAAUCAAAUAAUAGAUAAAAGUGAUUUCCACAAUCAUUCUGGCUUCGUUUGCCACAUCUCCCAGAGAAAAACAAUCAUUAUGGUCCCUGCUGACUUCUCUGCUACGAGUCAUUACAGCCGAUCAGUUUCCUGGCUUCAUUGCACCGAUAUCCUGUAGCCAAUUUCACAACACCACACGCCUUAUUGUUUGGUCUUCCAGUGGACUCAGGAGAUUGCUUUUGUAGCUCAGAUGCUGUAUAAUUGUAUCUGAAUCAUGAUCCUUGAUAUAUAUUUUUCACAGUCGAAAGAAUAACUAUGUCAUUACAAAACUGCAAUCUCAAUAGUAGAGUGCUGUAAAUACUGUUGGUUAGGUGGACGAUGCUGAGCCAAAAAGGCCCGCUCUAUAAAGAACCCAUGCAGCCCUAGUCUUAUUACUUGGAUAGCUUUGUUGGGCUUUUUUUUUCUUAACCAAAGUCCAGGUUUCUUAUACCAAAUAUCUGUGAACCUUCUCCAAGUGUUUCUUAAUUUUGUAAUCAGUUACAUUUUGUUCUAAAAAGUUGAAUAACACUGUGCCUAUUUCUGCAGUAUAGUUGUCAUUCAGAAAGUCAGCAAUAACAAGGUAGGCUGCUAGUGGCAGCCCUUUAUUCAUGAUUUGUACCAUGGACAUUAAUGUGAUAUGAAUAUGAAUAUGAAUAUAUAUAUAUAUGAUUCUAUAUUAAUCAUUUUAUCAGUCCACUUAUGCUAUUUAAUCCCUUCAGCACACUAUAUUUUUUUCUACUAUAAAAUAUGUUUGCAUCUCCUAAGCACAUAUAUUUAUGCAAUGAUGAGUGAUGGCACGGUUUGUUGUAAAUAUUGAUGAGAGAUUAAUAAAAAGACCAAGAAAGGAAAGAAACAGAAUUGGAUAAAGGAAAGCUAAUCGGCUUGUUUAUUCUAUGCAUUGUUAAAGUCUAAUAUCCAGCGAGGCCUUUUGACUGUAACCUCCAACACACUAAAUAACACGUAAUCACGUGACUGUCUUUUGUUUAGUAAUGUUAGAGCAAUAAUUACUAACAAUAAUGUAUGUUGAUGUUGAUAUUGGAUUGUGCCUUCAAAUAAAGUGUUACUCUUGCCUUACAAGUGGAUCAUAGUUGAGUACAGGCCUCUGUGUACCUUAAUGACAAAUCAAACUGAAUUUAAUCUAUGAAUCUGUGUGAAAGUAUGUCUGUGAAAAGCAGCUCAGUGGUUCAGUCUUUACAUGGGGAUAUUGUGUAUUUUGUGGUCUCCUACAAAUCUUUAUUUUAUCAAAAGGUUAGCAAAGUUAGCAAUUUUAAUGUCAGACACAACAUCUCAUAUGCUAUAAGUAAGAUCAAAUCUGGACUUACUAAUCAUUUAACCUCCAAUGAAACAUUUCUCUGGAAACAGCUGCAAAUAUGAGAUCUCUUGGAUAGGUUUCAGUCAUCUUUGAGAUUUUAAUUACACGGUUGUGUAUCUCCACCAUAAUAGUUAUGACUUUCGCUGAUCAAUUAUGUUCCAGGGUUAUGCAAAUAAUUGUUUGCCCUUAGCUGUAGGACCUUAAGCCCUUGAGUCUGCUAGUCUGUGCAAUUGACGAAAAACACUGAAUAUUAAGGGAAAAGAUGCGAUGUGAUCCCACAUGCUUCAGGGGAAUGAUAGUUGACCGUAUGCAUGAUUUUGCAGGCCUCAUUCUUAAUGAUAACCAGUGUGACUUUUCUACUCCCUAGAGACAGAAACGAGUAAAAUGGAUACUGAAUGUGUAUCAUUAAUGUUUAUAUUGCAGUUAUUUGUUGGUCAGUUACUCUAACUGUUAGAGUGUGUGUGGAUGAUGCACACUGAUUACUCAAUGUGCUACAGGUGUGCAGCAUAGAAUAUGCUACUAAUGCUUCUUAUACCAAGUAGCGAUUCAUGCAUCUCGUUGCAAUUUGGACAAAGAGAAUAACAAUUGUAAUGUAUAUGUAUUUUAAUCUUAGCACAUAAAUAAAGUUAAGAAAGAGUUGUACGAAGAGUGAACAUACUAUGCACCACAUUGUAUUGAAUACACUUUCAUCAACAUACAAAAAACGUUUAAUUGACACAAGGAGAAGUAAGACUGAAGCCUCCUCAAGCCUCUGUUGUUAGGCAACGUAGUUUUGCAUUGGGCUGCCCUUUACCCUAACACAACCUCGGUCAU